AUGUCUAGUGGUGCCUUUGACUCGACGUACUACUACCGCUUCUCCAAUACUGCGGUUGGAGAUAACGAAACACUCGCAGUCGGCGAAGCAAACGAUCCCCCUAAUACCCCAGCGCUAGAUGCCAUUCGCAGUUUUACUUCAGAAAACUGGCAGAUAUUUUAUGAUAAGGGCAUCUACUUCAUUCGCAACUGGGAUUAUGGGGCGACAUACCAACUAGGCCUCACGGCAGAUGAGCGCACCACGCCACAACUACUCGCCACUGGAGCAGGUAUUGGGAUGCAGUGGAACUUGACAAAGGGAGAUAAUGGAUGGUUUAUGUACAACAUGUUGCUGGGAACGGACAACAUGCUCGGGUUGGACAUGAGCGCUUUGAAUCACACCAUACCAGUGAUGAAUACAGACACGACAGGAGCGCAAUGGUCGAUCGAUAUCAACACCUCUGCGGGAAAAAUCACCAAUGAGACUAUGUUGGAAGUCUUUUCGUCCCUUCCUGCAGCGACAACUACACUACCCGCCACCACUUCCACAACGUCGACAACGUCGACAACAAUACCAACAUCAACAUCAUCAGAUGUCGCAUCAAUCCAGAAAAGUAAGGGUGCUUCUUCAAGCAAUCAUCUUAGCUCGGGCGCGAUCGCCGGGAUAGUAGUGGGCUGCGUUGCAGGCAUUGCCCUUAUCCUCGUGAUUUGGUUCAUCAUUCGCCGACUACGGCGUCGAUCAACAAAACAGCUUCUGAGUGCUGGUAAGGAUGAGCCUUUCCAGUUUGAUAGAACCCCCAAAACUACUGAGCUUCCGGGCAAUGUGUUUUCUGCUGAGGCACCAACUAAUAAGGUUGUGAAUGAGUUGCCAGGAGAGACAACAAGAUGA